GCAAGGGAUCAGGGUGGGCCAGGCGCGCGCCCUGUGGUCGGUUGUUACCACCCUGGGCGCAAAGGCCCACCUUUCCCUUUCAGCACAAAUGUCUGUUUGUACUGGGGCAGUGCUGUUGUCUGGAGAGUUCACUGGCUUCUUCCAAAGAGGUCUAGGAGACUCGAAUUUACAACUUUCUCAGGCAAAUAGAUUCUCACCUUACAGCCUGCCUCCUCAAAGCCAAGCCACCCAGUAAGCCAAGCUCCAACAGUCUCAGCAGGGUAUUUGUUCAGCAGCUGGAUCUCUGCCAGUCAGACGCUGUUUUCCAUUGGUUGAUUCCCAUCACUUUGUGUAUGUUUCCUGAGGCAUCCAGAUCCUCAAGAGCAAAGCGCAUUCACAUCAAGCCGACACGGCACACAAUACAGGCCUGGACUCCAAGAUGAUGAGAACAUGAGGGGAUAACGGAUCUUGCAGCACCACCGGAGGUACUGAAUUUUUCGCAUGUAGUUUGGAAGCUAAAUCAGUCACAAAAAUGAAACGGGCAAAGCAUCUAUCAACCACUAGUAAGAAAUUGACAAGUGUUCCAGAAUUACCUUUCAAAAAGGGACUACUUAAUUCAUCACCUAAGCUGAAAGAAAAACGUAAUACCAAGCCACUACAUGAUAAAACCGAACCAAUGGUCCUAAGGUCUCCACCCACAGGAGAAUCAAUUGUACGGUAUGCCUUGCCAAUACCAUCGAGUAAGACCAAGGACUUAAUAGCAGAAGAUGAAAUGGUCAGGAGGAUUGCCAAGCACCUGAAGACGGUGGUAACUGCUUUGGAAGACACAUAUGGAGCUGUCGAUGAAGACGGGGAAAGAACACCCAUGAAACCUAAAGCGGAUGGCGUGUCUUUAUCUGUUGGCGAUGAUAUGAAUUCGUUCUUGUUGUGCUGCUCACAAUUUGCAGCUCAGUUGGAGGAAGCAGUUAAGGAAGAACGUAACAUCUUGGAGUCUCUUUUCAAGUGGUUUCAGCAACAAGUCAACCAAAUGGAGGAGAUAGGUAAAGAUCAAAGCAUUUUAGAUGCAGAUCUUCCAUCAGAUGACAAAUUGGUCCAUUCAAAUAUUGCGCAAAUAGCAAAUCUGGUACAUAAAUUUGAAGAUCUGAAAAGUCGCCUAAGAGAACACAAGGGAUCCCUGGUGUCUAAAUAUGUUGAUAAAGAGACUCCAUCAGUUUCAGUGAAAACUUAUGAAGGUGUAGAGAAGCAAAUUGAAGACUUCAUAAAAUCCCACUCAAAUUUUGAAUCUCAAGUUGAUUCUGAAACUGAGCCAGAAGCUCCUUAUUCAGUGACUGAUCGGAUGAAUGUGAUGAUGAACAUAUUUAAAAAUCAGACAAAUAUGUUAGAGAGAGCUUUAAAUGAUCAGAGUAUAAUUGAGACUAAAUAUAAACAGAUGGAAGCUGAUUUUCAAGUUUUAUUAGUGGAGAAAACCCUAUUGGAAGGUGAAAUACGGAGGUUGAGGGAGUCAGAGAAAGCAAAGCCUGCCGGCAAAGAAGAGCGAAGCAAGAAACCCGCAAAACCAGAGAAGAAAAAAGAUAAAGAUUCAGAAAGGAAGACAUCUCCAAGCAGAGAAAUUGAACUGGUUGAAAUCCAAAAAGAAGCAGAAGCACUGAAGAUGGAGAAGAAAGCCCUCCAGGAACAAUUGAAAUGGGCUUUGCAGGAAGCUGAAAGAAAUAAGACUCAACUCGACUUCGUCCUGCAUCAAGAGAUGGAGGUGUUUAAAGAAGAGAAGAGUAAAACAAAACUGGAACGGGUUCUCAGUAAAUCAAAGGUCAAGGGUGAGACUUCCAAAUCAACAGAGAAGGUCACACAGCCCGGCAAGAUCUCACCUGAAAAAGGCAAAAGCUUGGAGAGGAGACGAUCUAUCUCUGCUGAUUUAGAUCCUUCAGCUUUAGAGGGUUUCUAUGGUGUCUCAGAUGUUUCAGCCUUCCCACAAGAGGUCUUUAAGUCAUUUACAGCACUGCCAUUUAUUGAAGAGAGGCUAGAGUCGGGCUCGCCCCUGCCAAAGGAGAUGAAGAUGUGGUCCCUGGUGUCAUUUCCUGAUCUUGCCAAAGAAAUUGAAAAGGCUGAAGCAUCAGAACAAAUGCUAUUUCAUACAGACGAAGAAAACUCUGAAGUUCCUUAUGAAGGAUUAGAUGAAAGUUAUGCAAAAGAAGAUAAAGAUUUGCUACCAGAAGACGAAGCAUUUAGAGCAAAGCAACUCUCGGACCGGGGGAGACGCAAACCACUUUUUAUCACUGCAAAAAAACCUGAAUUUUUGAGUUUACUUUCAAGAACACAAUCUGAAAUUGAGAAUCUUGAAGCCAUCAAAUAUGAGAACGUGACUAAUGAAUAUGAAGAGAGGUCUGUCAAAGAAGACUCAAAAACAGAAAUAAAAUCAAAGGGACAGAAAGGUUCUAAGACUGGGAAACUUUACACUCAUGAGGAAGAAUCAGAGAGAGCUGCCUAUGAAGAAACAUCAAAAGCCAAAGCUCCAGCAAAGAAACGGGACACUGCCAAAGGAAAAAGACUUGCUACUCCUGAUGUAGAUGCUGAUGAAUCCAUCAGUCCAGCGAGUCAAGCCUCAUCAACAAAAUCAGACACACAAACAAAGAAACAGAAACUUCACAAGAGAGAAAGACCCAUUGCCAGCAGUGAAAUAGCAGAUAGAAAUAUGAGACCAGAAGAUCAAAAUGUACAGUCAAGCUCCCAAAUCCAGCUGAAGAAGCAAAGAUCAUUGGGAGGGGAAAUACUUACUAUUCAUUUUGCAGCGCCAGACGAAAGCUAUGGGCAUUUGUAUUCAGAGUUCUCGUCAGAAUCCCAGGCACAAUUAGAGAGAGGAACAACUUCUGAAGAUGCGAGACUCAGUAGAAUUCCUUCCGAAUACCAGAAAAAAGAUUUAUCAGUGGACAAUCUAUUGCCUGAGAAGAAACCUCUUAUUAUAACCAGAAACGUGUCUCAGAACAAGAAAUCUGGCCUUCUUCGGGAUGAUAACGUGGAGAAUGAAAAUGUGAAUGGAAUCUUCAUAGAUGAAGACCUAGAAUCAGAAAGCAGAGAUCCAAAGACACUGAAAGCUGAUAAACCAGUCAUAGAAGUUCAGGAGAUACCCGAACGUCACAAAACACUGAACCCAAUAAUUAGCGACCUCAUAUUUCGCUUGGAUAUGGACAAUGUGGUUGAGAAUAAGCUUGAUAACUUGAGGGACAUGCUUGGACAACAUUUAUUAAGAAACGAAUUCAAGCCACAGUCAAAGAGUGGACCCGAGAUCGGCAAAGAUAAAAAGGGGACCUCUGCCAAAUCCAAAUCAACAGCGAAAACAGACACAACAAGUAAGCAGGGUAAGGAACUAAGUAUUAUUAAAGGAACAAAACUACUUGAACAACUAAAAGAUCAACAUGAUGUGGGUGUAUUGAAAAUCAAACCUCAAGAAACCAUUACCACCAAGUACCAGCCACCAAAGAAAUUUCCAACAAAAGUGAUCAAUCUGUCACCCUUCUUGGCCAGUCAAGAAGAAAACAUGGAAAGCUCUUCGCCACAUACGGAUGAAAUCCAAAAACCACUUUAUAGGACAUCUAGGGGAAGUUCAGGCAUCCCUGCAACCUUUCAGCAGAUGAUGAACAGCAGAAAGAUUACAGGGGAUCCGAGACCAAAAAGUACAUCCAAGGAACAAACUGAACUUGAAAAUCAGCUGCGUAUUUCAAUCACAUCUUCAAAAAAAUAUGUACAUAAAGGGCAAUCUAAACAUCGAAAGUUAAAGAAAAAAGGUGCUGAGUCUCAAAGUAGCAUACGUCCUUCGGCGUCUUCUAUCAAAAAGCAGAAACUUAAAGAACAGCCUAAACCUGUAAAAUUAGUUGAAAAAGGUAUUAAACUUCCAAAAAAUCGGAAGAUGCCUGCCUCUACUCCAAAAAUCAAAGUCAUUAAAGAGCUGUCUAAAACUUCUCAUUUAGAAGGUGAAGAUGUUCAACUUUCAAAUAAUCCAUCCAAGUCAAAGUCUGCUAUAAAGAAAUUCCUGACUGAAGAGCCACCAAAACCUGUAAACUUAAAUGACCAAGAUGCCACAGUUCUAUAUAAUCUGCCUGGUUUGACCUAUGCUACAAACAAAGACCCCACUAAAGAGCUGUAUAGAUCUUAUUUCUAUGGUGAUGUUGCUCAACAUUCAAGUAAUAUGAGCAUGUCUGCUGCAAGGAAAUCUGAGACUAAAGAGCCAACUAAACCCAGUGACUUAGACAAGAGUGCUGUUGAUAUUCUGCACAUGUCAAACUCAGCUUUAUUACAAUAUUUUAAAGGCUCAUCUAAAACUAGCGACAUUGAGAAGAAAGUAAGUAAAAGAUCAAACACUCUGCACAAAUCAACCUCUUCUAUGAAGAAGCGUGUGCAUAAAGAGCCGUCUAAGACUAAAAAGUUGGGCAAGAAUGUUGGUGAAGGCACCCCUACUCCGCGCAGGUUAACCCCUGCUUGGAUGAAGCGUGUGCUCAAAGAGGCAUCUAAAAUCAGUAAUUUAGACAAGCAAAUUAUUAAAGGAACAAAGAUCCUGCGCAAGUCAAACUCUGCCUUGAAGAAACGUGCACCCAAAGAGCCAUCUAAAACCGGUAAUUUAGACAAGCAAAGUAUUAAAGAAACAAAUACCCUGCGCAAGUCAAACUCUGCCUUGAAGAAACGUGUGCCCAAAGCUCUACAGUGGCAUGUGUGAGUGGGGUGGUUAGAUUCAAGACAUGUCUGCUCUCGACUCCAUAGCUACUGGAUAGAAUAUGGCAGCCUAAACCUACAACUUUAGACAAGAAAGGUGCUGACCUUCCAAAUAAUCUGGUUUCUUCAACAUCUGCCUCCAGUAAGCACAGGUUUAAAGGCUGAGUCUGAAAACUCAGAUGAAAAGGAUUUUAAACUCCCAAAUAAUCUGUGCCCUUCUGCCUCUACUACAAGGAAGCGUCUCCUUAAAGCAUUAAAUACUAUUCUGUGAGAGUGGGCUGCACAUCCAGACUUGACAGAAUGAGUCCCAAGGGUAAGCACCAUGAAGCUGUUCAUGGACACAGUGAGGCAAAGCAGCAUGGGAACCGGUGUGUGGGAACCCUGUGAGUGGACAGCGCUUUCGGAACAGCAGUGCAGAAGACCCCUGAUGACCAGGGUAGGACCAGAUCAUGAGAGUCCUUCAAAGGCGACAGAUCGCCACUUCACUCUUUAGAACAGCCUGAACCUCCAAGAUCACCCUCUUGUUGCUGACAUUCCAACUUGCUCUGCCGAGAUAAGAUCCUUACAGUACCUUCUGGUGUGGUGUAAACGCAAUUAAACGACAUUUGUGCUC